GGAACUGGACACACGGGGACGGACGGGACUGGUUUGCUUCAUGGAGUAUGAAACCAGGGGGGGCUUCACUUCAAGUAAACUUUUGGGAGGCGAUGCAAACGACUCAGGACUUCUGAUCCUUCCCUCGUCUAAAAGAAAAGUCAGUUACCAUUUUUAUUGAGUGCUUUCGGGGCCUUUCCAUGAUCUGACUGAUUCCUCUCAGCCGCCCUGUGAUGUGAGUGCCAGCUCCAUGUUACGUAAGAGGAAGCCAAGGCUCAAACCCUGCCCGAAGUCACACAGCAAGAAAUCACAAGCCGUGAUUCCAACCCAGGUCCGUCUGACCCGAGCCUGCUCUAAUGCCGUUCUGCCUGGGCUUUCUUCUGUUAUAGGAACCUGAGGCCCCGCGCCAGCGGCCGGGGUCCCAAGCGCCGGGCUGGCUGUGUCGAGACCACCCCCAGCCCUGGCCCGGCCCCCGCCCUUUCGAGGGAAACCUAGUCUCAGAAGCACAGCUCCCCAGCCGGGGCCAACGCCGCGCCGGCCUCUGGCUCGGACCAAUCCCCUCGGGACGGUCCACCACCAGACCAAUUAGCUCCCGUCCUCUGGGCACCUCCCACCAAACCGCCUUCUGAUUGGCUCGCUCUUCCCGUCACGGCGUUGCCCCAGCAACCAGACUAUUGGGACGCUGCGGCCUGGCCUUCAGGCCACUGGCUACCGAACCCCGGGGCUCUUCACCAGUCCAGCUCGUUUCCAGCACCAUGUCGGUGCGGACGCUACCGCUGCUCUUCUUGAACUUGGGCGGGGAGAUGCUUUACAUCCUCGACCAACGGCUGCGGGCCCAGAACAUCCCGGGAGACAAGGCCCGCAAAGUUCUGAAUGACAUCAUCUCCACCAUGUUCAAUAGAAAGUUUAUGGAGGAAUUAUUCAAGCCUCAAGAGCUCUACUCCAAGAAGGCCCUGAGGACUAUCUAUGAGCGCCUGGCUCAUGCCUCCAUUAUGAAACUGAACCAGGCCAGCAUGGAUAAGCUCUAUGACCUGAUGACCAUGGCUUUCAAAUAUCAAGUAUUGCUGUGUCCCCGACCCAAGGAUGUGCUGCUGGUCACUUUCAAUCACUUGGAUACCAUCAAGGGAUUCAUCCGAGACUCCCCAACCAUCCUGCAGCAAGUGGACGAGACUUUCCGGCAGCUGACAGAAAUAUAUGGUGGUCUCUCUGCAGGGGAGUUCCAGCUGAUCCGGCAGACACUCCUCAUCUUCUUCCAAGACCUGCACAUCCGAGUAUCCAUGUUUCUAAAGGACAAAGUUCAGAAUAAUAACGGUCGCUUUGUGUUGCCGGUGUCCGGGCCUGUUCCUUGGGGAACUGAAGUUCCAGGACUCAUCAGAAUGUUCAACAACAAAGGUGAAGAAGUGAAGAGGAUAGAAUUCAAGCAUGGUGGAAACUAUGUCCCUGCACCCAAAGAAGGUUCUUUUGAACUUUAUGGAGACCGAGUCCUGAAACUGGGAACUAACAUGUACAGCAUGAAUCAGCCUGUGGAAACUCAUAUGUCUGGAUCAUCAAAGAACUUAGCCUCAUGGACCCAGGAAAGCAUUGCUCCAAACCCUCUUGCUAAAGAAGAGCUGAAUUUCUUGGCCAGGCUGAUGGGAGGGAUGGAGAUUAAGAAACCCAGUGGCCCUGAGCCCGGAUUCCGGUUGAAUCUCUUCACCACCGAUGAAGAAGAGGAACAAGCAGCGCUAACCAGGCCAGAAGAGUUAUCCUAUGAAGUUAUCAACAUACAAGCCACCCAGGACCAGCAACGGAGCGAGGAGCUGGCUCGAAUCAUGGGGGAGUUUGAGAUCAUGGAGCAGCCAAGGCUGAGCACCAGCAAAGGGGACGAUUUGCUCGCCAUGAUGGAUGAGUUAUAGCUGUUCUGACCAGGUGUCCUUUGCCCCCAGGGAGAGGCUGCUGGAUGGUGACCCCUGGGGAAUGCCCCAUGGCCCAGAAUGAUGCUGCUAGUUUUCUACUGAGUGAAGCCAUUACGUCUAUUUCUUGUUUAUGUUGUAAGGAACUGUGUGAGUCUCCCUUGAGGAGCACUCACUCUUGAAGGCACACACAUACACAUAUUUUCAGUGAAAUAUAUUCUGACUUUUAAACUUGA